AUGGCCACAAACAAUGAAACUGGCCCCCAGGAAUUUCUGCUGUUGGGCUUUCCAGGGUCCCAAACUCUUCAAAUGUGUCUGUUCGUGCUUUUUCUGGUGAUGUACAUCCUCACAGUGUGUGGUAAUGUUGCUAUCUUGAUGCUGGUGGGUACAUCCCAUCAGCUCCACACCCCCAUGUACUUCUUUCUGAGCAAUCUCUCUUUCCUGGAGAUUUGGUACACUACAGCUGCAGUCCCCAAAGCCCUGGCCAUCCUCCUGGGAAGAAGCCAGACCAUAUCAUUCUCUGGUUGCCUUUUGCAGAUGUAUCUUGUCUUCUCAUUAGGCUGCACAGAAUAUUUCCUGCUGGCAGCGAUGGCUUAUGACCGUUAUCUCGCCAUCUGCUACCCUCUACACUACAGUUCCAUCAUGAGCAGCCUGCUUUCAACACAGUUGGCUCUGGGCUCCUGGAUCUGUGGCUUCCUGGCCAUUACGGUGCCAACAGCCCUCAUCAGUACCCUCUCCUUCUGUGGUCCACAUGCCAUUAAUCACUUUUUCUGUGACAUUGCCCCCUGGAUUGCUUUGGCUUGUACUAGCACAUACGCAGUGGAGCUUGUGGCAUUUGUGAUUGCUUUUGUGGUCAUUCUAAGUUCUUGCCUCAUCACUUUGGUUUCCUACAUUUUCAUCAUUAGUACAAUCCUCAGGAUCCCCUCAGCCAGCGGCCAGAGCAAGGCCUUCUCUACGUGUUCCUCUCACCUAACUGUGGUGCUUAUUUGGUAUGGAUCCACCAUCUUCCUUCAUGUCAGAACCUCAAUCACAGAUGACUUGAAUCUGACCAAAGCUGUCACUGUCUUGAACACUGUGGUGACUCCAGUUUUAAACCCCUUCAUCUAUACUCUUCGUAACAAGGAAGUAAGAGAAACAUUAGUAAAGAAAUGGAAGAGAAACUAUCGAUUUGGGGUUUUUUUUAUUUGUUUCGGUCCCUUUAAUUUUCUGACUCUACGAGAUGAGGAGGUCACAGAAAAGAAGAAUAAGCAGUAA